AUGUUCCCUCCCAACGGUAAUGCUAACGGAAAGCGCCCGCCGUCCCUUUCAGUAGGUGAGGGUAGCAGCAUCCGCAAGAAAGCUCGAAAAGAAGAAGAGGCGGAUUCUCCGAGCCCUGCGGCAGAGAAGGAGGAGCCGAAACCGAAGACUACAAGAGGGUCCAGGGCCUGUACUGUUUGUCGUCGUCUAAAGAUGAAAUGCGUCGGUGCCGAACAUGGCCCGCCAUGUAAGCGCUGUCAAAACGGGAACCACGAAUGUAUAUUCGAAGAAUCGAACAGAGGAAAGCGGUCAGCCAAGAAACAUGAAUUGCUCACACGUUCCCUCCGGAAGAUGGAACGCACCUUGGACACAGUGCUUCGUGCGGUAGGUAACCCGAACCUCGCAGCGAGCAUCAUCUCGCGGUCCCCAUCCCCGUCCGGCCAGACGACGCAUACCUUCUUAGACUCGGAACCGCCGACCCCACAGGACGCGGCCGGUCCGUCGGGCCACCGAUCGGCUUCGCACUUACCCCAGCCACCCUCCCCACAGCUGCACUCCUUGCCGGACAACAGCCUUAAUCCCCUGGGCCUCCUUGCGGAGGCCAGUUUGGCAAACCGUAAAGCCCAGGCAGCAUCGAAGCCCAAUGGUGCGUCCCAAGCGCAACAUCCCGACGGGGACGCUCCCCGGAAGGUGGGCGUUGCGAGUGAGGCGUACUUCAAGCCAGGCCCGAUGACCAUACUUCCCCUGCGUCGUCUCUUCAUCGAGCGGCAGGUGCAGCCGGAAAUGCUCAGUUUCGUGAAUACGGAAGAAGUAGUAGCCCUGUUCAAAAUAUAUUUUACACAUAUGAACAUGCAUUGUAAUCUCCUAGAUCCCGAAUUUCAUACCCCCUCGCUAGUCUGCUCGCGCUCUCCUUUUCUCCUCACCACCAUCUGCGCGGUGGCUUCUAAAUUCUAUGAAGCGCGCCCAGAGUUGCAUUCAAGGCUGACCGAUCUUGCCAGAAAGCUGGCGUUCAACGUGCCCGCGAUGGGAUACAAGUCGGUCGAAAUCGUACAGGCGUAUCUCUUGCUAGUACUAUGGGGCUGCGGUCCCGUAGAACGGUUUGAGCAAGACAAGACAUGGUUUCUUAUGGGUAUGGCCAUCAGGAUGGCCACGGACCUCAAUCUGCACCGCAAGCAGCCUAACGUAAGCCAUGAGACUGCUGAGGGGAAGGCGCGCGACCGGGAAGUACACAACCGGGAGCGGACGUGGCUUCUCUGUUUCUGCCUAGAUCGGAGCCUGAGCGCGCAGAUGGGGAAGCCGCACUCUAUCAAGGAAGAUUUCAUCAUCCGGAACUCUAUGCAGUGGUCCAAGGCCCCGUCAGCCAUUCCCGGCGACAUAGGCCUUGCUGCGUAUACCGCUCUGCUGCAAAUCGUCUCUCGCAGCCUCGACAUCUUGUACGCAGGCACGGAAACACCAUCAGGUCUCCAGGCCUCCUGCGACUACAUGCUCAUCACCAAGACGAUCGAGACGCAGAUCGUCGCGUGGCAGCACGAGUGGACGCUGCGCCAGAACUCGCCCGCCAGCGAGGCCGAGAGCGAGUACCGCAUGCUCAUUGGGCGGUUCUACUACAACUACUACAUGCUCGUGGUGAACUCGUUCGGGCUGCAGAACGCGCUGGAGCGGUCGGCCGUGGAUAUCGGGUACUUCUUCGCGACGUGCCACUCGUGCGCGACGGCGUGCGCGCUGAUUUUUAGGGAUGAGCUGGGGCCGAAGGGGUACCUCAAGUAUUCACCGGAUUCGCAUUUUGUGUUUGUGUCGUAUGCGGUGCUGAGUUUGCUAAAGCUUGUCCGCCCGGAAUUUCAGGCGUUCCUUGAUCAUGAGCAAAGUACUUUAUCGCUGGUCAAAGACGUCGCGGACCUUUUGGAAAAUAUCGCCGCGAGCCCCAUGCACACACCCCACCUAUACAGCGUGUUCUUGCGGGCCCUGCUCUCCGCGCGCACAGACAAUUCCUCGGGGGACGCAAGUUCCGGAGGACAUAAUGGUACACACCUAAACGGAGAUACUACCCCGAACCAUAAAUCCGCGAACGAUCCAUUCAGCGCUCUAGGCGGGGACCACCAGCAUCAGCACCAUGGCUCGCUGUCGGACUUCCAGUUCGGCGGGGAGAUGGGCCCCGCUGUGGAUAUCACGACGUUCCCGCCGACGAUGGCGCCGAGCCACGCGUCCGAGGACGCGAACGGGAUGCUGUCGAUUGAUAGUAUUCUGAGCACGGGCUUUUGGGACAACGUGCUGAUUCCAGGCUACUCGAGCUCGUUCGAGGGUCUUAGUGGUGGUUUCGUGUAUGGCGCGGGGGGCAGCGGUCUUAUUACGCCCCGGCUGGGUAUGUCGCCGUCGCCGUCUGGGAGAAAUACGCCGGCGCGGAGUCGGCAUGCGUCGACGGAGCUGACGCAACAAAAUAUCAACGCAGCUUUCAACGGCACGCAUGGUGAGAGUAAUAGUGGGGAGGCUAAUGGGGAUUCGUAGACGUGCGUCCGGACUGCUCUGCGUGCAUUUUCAUUUUUUUAUCCGUGGUAUAAUAUGUGGCAUGGUAUGGCCCUCGCAGUCUUGAUUUAUUGUAGCAUUUCUCGUCGUUCUUGUGGUAUAUGUAUCAAUAUUGUAGUUUAUGGAACGGAUUCAGAUGUGGUCGCGAUUGUUAUUUC